AUGGCGGAUUCAAGUAACUACCUGCAACCAUCAAUCCCUCGAUUUGAUGGUCAUUACGAUCACUGGUCAAUGCUUAUGGAGAAUCUACUGAGAUCCAAAGAGUAUUGGAGUCUCAUCGAAGAUGGCAUUGUUGUAGCUCCUGCAGGAGCAUCGCAAGAACAAAUUCAACUUGCAAAUGAAAGCAAAUUGAAAGAUUUGAAAGCUAAAAACUUUUUGUUUCAAGCAAUUGAUAGAUCCAUACUUGAAACGAUUCUUGCAAGAGGAACAGCUAAAGAAAUUUGGGAAUCAAUGAGACAAAAGUAUCAAGGAUCCACCAAAGUGAAGAGAGCACAGCUUCAGGCAUUGAGGAAGGAUUUUGAAACCCUCAAUAUGAAAACUGGUGAGUCCGUUGAAGAGUAUUUUUCAAGAACCUUGUCCAUUGCUAAUAAGAUGAGUAGUCAUGGUGAAACUGUGACACAAAGCAUGAUUGUUGAAAAGAUCUUGAGAUCUUUGACACCAAGAUUCAACUAUGUUGCUUGCUCAAUAGAGGAAUCUAAUGACACAACUAGUAUGACAGUUGAUGAACUGCAAAGCAGCUUGCUAGUUCAAGAACAGAGAAUGAAAAGUCAGAAAGAGGAACAAGAACAAAUUCUCAAGGUAUCUAAUGGGGGAAGAGGCUAUGGUGGUAGAGGAGACAAUUCCAAUACUCAGAGAGGUCGUGGCAGAGGUAGGGGAAGAGGUGGAAGAGGUGCUAAGAUCAAUAAAGAAUCAGUAGAAUGCUAUAAAUGUCACAAGCUUGGGCAUUAUUAG